GAAAACAUGAAGGGUGGAACUGUCCCAUCGUCAGAAUAGGAGGGCUUCUCUCUUGGGUCUGGCUCUGCAGCUUAACCGUGUGACUGAGCUGGGAGACAGAGGGGAAGAUGCCUCCCAGGCCGUCCUCUGGGGAGCUAUGGGGCAUCCACUUGAUGCCUCCCAGGAUCCUGGUGGACUGCCUGCUGCCCAACGGGAUGAUUCUGACCCUGGAGUGUCUACGCGAGGCCACGCUCAUCACCAUCAAACAUGAGCUUUUCAAAGAGGCCAGGAAAUAUCCCCUCCAUCACCUCCUACAGGAGGAGACGUCCUACAUCUUUGUCAGUGUGACACAGGAAGCCGAACGGGAGGAGUUCUACGAUGAAACCCGCAGGCUGUGUGACCUGCGACUCUUCCAGCCCUUCCUCAAGGUCAUUGAACCAGUGGGCAACAGAGAGGAAAAGAUCCUCAACAGAGAGAUUGGUUUUGCCAUCGGGAUGCCAGUGUGUGAGUUUGACCUGGUGAAGGACCCCGAGGUUCAGGACUUCAGGAGAAACAUCCUGAAUGUUUGUAAAGACUCUGUGGAGCUGAGAGAUGCCAGCGGACCCCACAGUAGAGCCCUCUAUGUUUACCCACCCAACGUGGAAUCUACACAGGACCUCCCCAAACACAUCUAUAGCAAACUGGACAAAGGUCAGAUUAUUGUUGUGAUUUGGGUGAUUGUUUCUCCGAACAACGACAAACAAAAAUAUACAUUGAAGAUCAACCAUGACUGUGUGCCUGAACAGGUGAUUGCAGAGGCCAUCCGUAAGAAGACACGCAGCAUGCUGCUGUCCCCAGAGCAGCUCAAGAUGUGUGUUCAGGAAUAUCAGGGUAAAUACAUCCUCAAAGUUUGUGGCUGUGAUGAGUACCUGCUGGAAAAAUUCCCCAUCAGCCAGUAUAAGUAUAUCCGUAGUUGCAUCAUGCUGAGCAGGAUGCCUAACCUGAUGCUAAUGGCUAAGGACAGCCUGUACACACAGUUGCCCACAGACAACUUUGUCAUGCCUUCGUACUCGAGACGCAUCUCCACGGCAACAUCCUACAUGAACGGGGAAGCAGCUGCCAAGUCGCUGUGGACGAUCAACGGAACCCUGCGCAUAAGAAUCCUCUGUGCCACUUAUGUCAACGUGAAUAUACGGGACAUAGACAAGAUAUAUGUGAGAACAGGCAUUUACCAUGGAGGUGAACAGAUGUGUGACAAUGUCAACACACAGAGAGUACCCUGCUCUAACCCCAGGUGGAAUGAGUGGCUCACCUAUGACAUGUACAUCCCAGACAUACCCCGCGCUGCCAGACUCUGCCUCUCCAUCUGCUCUGUCAAGGGCAGGAAGGGAGCCAAGGAGGAGCACUGCCCGCUAGCUUGGGGGAACAUCAACUUGUUCGACUACACUCACACUCUGGUGGCCAACAAGAUGGCUCUGAACCUCUGGCCUGUCCCUCAUGGCCUUGAAGACCUCCUCAAUCCCAUAGGAGUCACUGGAUCCAACCCUAAUAAGGAAACCCCGUGUCUGGAGCUGGAGUUUGACCACUUUAGUUGUCCAGUCAAGUACCCGGAUAUGAAUGCAGUGGAGGAUCAUGCAAACUGGACCAUCUCGCGGGAACUGGGGUUUAACUACAACCUCUCUGGACAGAGCAACCGUGUGGCCAGAGAUCACGCCCUGACAGAGAGCGACAUUGAGCAGCUGAGACAGCUGAGUAACAGGGACCCUCUUUCAGAAAUCACUGAGCAGGAGAAAGACUUCCUCUGGAGACACAGGCACUACUGCAUGAACAUCCCCGAGAUCCUUCCCAAGAUCCUUCUCGCUGUCAAGUGGAACUCCAGAGAUGAAGUUGCACAGAUGUACUGUCUGUUAAAGGAGUGGCCAUCUAUCCGUCCUGAGCAGGCCAUGGAGCUGCUGGACUGUAACUACCCAGACCCCAUGGUCAGACACUUUGCUGUCCGCUGCCUGGACAAAUACCUGACUGAUGACAAACUGUCCCAGUACCUCAUCCAGCUUGUACAGGUGUUAAAAUAUGAGCAGUAUCUUGACAAUCCCCUGUCCCGUUUCCUCCUAAAAAAAGCGCUCACCAAUCAAAAGAUUGGUCAUUUCUUCUUCUGGCAUCUCAAGUCAGAAAUGCACAACAAAACAGUGAGCCAGAGGUUCGGGCUGCUGUUAGAGGCUUACUGCAGGGCCUGCGGCAUGUACCUCAAACACCUGAGCAGACAGGUAGAGGCCAUGGAGAAGCUCAUUAACCUCACUGACAUUCUCAAACAGGAGAAGAAGGACGAGACGCAGAAGGUGCAGAUGCGGUUUCUCGUGGACCAGAUGAAGAGACCGGACUACAUGGAUGCCUUGCAGAACUUCACCUCUCCCCUCAACCCUGCACACCAACUCGGAAACCUGAGGUUAGACGAGUGCAGGAUCAUGUCAUCAGCGAAGAGACCAUUGUGGCUGAACUGGGAGAAUCCUGACAUCAUGUCUGAGCUGCUCUUUCAGAACAAUGAGCUAAUCUUCAAAAAUGGAGAUGACUUGCGGCAGGACAUGCUGACGUUGCAGAUUAUUAAAAUUAUGGAGAACAUCUGGCAGAAUCAGGGACUGGACCUGCGGAUGCUCCCCUAUGGCUGUCUGUCAUUAGGAGACUGUGUGGGUCUCAUUGAGGUGGUGCGCAGCUCCCACACCAUCAUGCAGAUUCAGUGUAAAGGAGGCUUGAAAGGAGCGCUGCAGUUCAACUCAAACACUCUGCAUCAGUGGUUAAAGGACAAGAACAAGGGCGAGAUGUAUGACAUGGCUGUGGAUCUCUUUACGAGGUCCUGUGCUGGCUACUGUGUAGCUACAUUUAUCCUGGGGAUUGGAGACAGACACAACAGCAACAUCAUGGUCAAAGAUGACGGACAGUUGUUCCACAUAGAUUUUGGUCAUUUCCUGGAUCAUAAGAAGAAGAAAUUUGGCUACAAGAGGGAGCGAGUGCCCUUUGUACUGACACAAGACUUCCUCAUUGUCAUCAGCAAGGGAUCCCAGGAGUGUGCCAAGACCAAAGAGUUUGAGAGGUUCCAGGAGAUGUGUUAUAAAGCUUACCUGGCGAUCAGGCAGCAUGCUAACCUCUUCAUCAACCUGUUCUCCAUGAUGCUGGGCUCUGGCAUGCCUGAGCUGCAGUCAUUCGAUGACAUCGCUUACAUAAGGAAGACGUUGGCUCUGGAGAAAAGCGAGCAGGAGGCGUUGGACUACUUUAUGAAACAGAUGAACGAUGCUCACCAUGGAGGAUGGACCACCAAGAUGGACUGGAUAUUUCACACAAUAAGACAGCAUGCACUAAACUGAUCUACUACACACAAUCCCCCCCCCAAAAAAAACACACCACUACCACCAUGGAGGAUUCGCUUCACCCAACAGCUGUUCGUCUUACACCAUGACACACUGGUCUUUCAAGGAAUUUCAGUUCUCUGUUGAAGCAGAAAAACCAGCUUUCACUCCUUUUUUUCUUUUUCUUUACACCAGCACGAUUUGUGUUUUAAAAAAAAAAAACGAGGUUUCUGUUUUUCUGUCUCGUCUUGAACAUAAUGUCUUGCAAUCGUCAUCGCACCCUUUUUUGAAGACGUGACCUACCUGUGCCGAUGACUGGCUAUGCUUCCUCUUCUUGCCAACAGGAACAAACUGUGUGGGAGACUGUUGUCCUGCUACUCCUGCAAAAAGGAAAUUGAGAUGACAGUGUGAAGAUCUGCCGAUUUAAAAAAAUGUAGCCACAAAGUAUGUCCAUCUUGCUGCUCUUCUGCUCUAUUAGUGCUGCACUGUGUGGCUCCACCCAAAAGGAAGAGGUGCUGGGAAACUUUUAUUUUAUUUUAAUGACAUCGUCUUACAUCUGACAUCACUGCUGAGAAGUCAGAGGGCACAAGGAACCGUCAAAACUAUCAACAUAUAAUCCAGGAGUUCCUCCACUUUAUGCAGGAUUGCUGGAGUAUAGAAGCCUCUUUGUGGACCUCCACAGUCUUCCACCAUCUCUCUGGUGAAGAUACCACGUCCUGACCGGAUCCAGUGUCCAGCUCGCCCAUCUUUUUGAGGAAAUGUAAAAGCUCAACAUCUUUGCAAGAAGAGUGUCUGUGUUCGCUUGGCACAGCGCUGCACUCUCCAACAGCCUCGAGGAAAAAAAGCACUCCACCACUUGGGAACAUUUUUGUUGUUGGUGCAGCGUAGGACUUCAGGUGAUGAUGCUAACUCUCCAUCAUCAACAACAACAACAACAACAACAAAAAAGACAGCACAUGAAGAUAACAGAAUAAUAUACUGACUUUAUUAUGACUUUGUACAUUUAUUUAUAUAUCUAGUUUGCUUUGGUUUCUACACAGGUAAGACUCAGCCCUCCAGAUACACACACUAUUGUGGAAGUAUAUUUGUAAUUUUCUUCCUUUUACUUUCUUUUGACCAGUUGCACCCCUGUUUAGUCAGUCUGCUGAUGCCUUUUUAGCCUGACGACACAGCUUGGUUUAACUUUUCAUUUGACUCUAUUCAAAGUGGUUUUGUUGGGCCUAGUUUGCAGUCCUACUUGGAAUUGGGAAAACAAUUUUGUUUGGGGGAUGCAAAAUGACAAAAGUGCCAUUCUUAAAUGUGAUGAAUAUUGGGACCUAUUUGAAGCCUCUGGCUGUCUGUUUCGACUGUGAGCACAGACCCAGGGGAAUGUCACGUCUUCCUGUUGAUAAAAUGCCUUUGGCCUCACAGCACAAAACUCCACAACGACGCACACUGUCCGCCCCCCCACAAACUCUCCCCUAACAAACCGUGACGGCACUAUAUCAUUUCUAAAUUUAGAUUUAAGCCAUAUCAUUUCCAGUUUGAUUUCCAAACAUUCAGCAGUCCAUCAUUUGAACAUGUUAGUUCAUUUUAUGGAUAUAUUCAUCACUGAGCCCAUAACCCUGUCACUGGUGUCAUGCUUCCUGUUGCCUGGUCCUGUUGAAGCUAUGUUAUACACCAAGUCGUUAAUCAAACAGUGCAUGUUGGCAAGAUUUGAAGACACUGAUUUUUAACAAAUUGUUCAUCCAUCCAUCCAUAUCCAGACGUACAUACACAUGCAUACCACGUUAAGGGUCGCAGGGUGGGGUGCACACCGGACUGGUCCAAAUCGUUAAAGUAUUCAAAAAUCCAGAUGUGAAGGUGUGGAUGACUUCUGUAUUUAGGACAGGACGUCAGUGUGUGGAUGUGAAGUGGAUAGAUGAAACCUCAACUAAAUGUUUUUUUUGAAACUUGUCCUCUGUAGUUUGAACCCGGUCCUUCAGGGUGCCAUGGUCCCCCCUCAAAAAGUUUUGUGCUCACAGCAGUUUUUUCAGGGUCAAAAAGUUGAAAUCAAUCAUUUUCAGCGUACAAAUGUUUAAGACAUGGAAACCUUUGCCAUAAAAUGUGUCGACACAAAAAGUUUUCAUGACAUUUGAUUGAUUUAUAGCAUUGAGCAGCUUUUGAAACGUUAACCUCCUUUUUGUUGUUUUGCACUUGAAUGCACUGAUAGCUCUUUCCGGUCUCUUACAGUGUUAGUGAACAUGGCAUCCUGGAGACAUAGAAAAGAUCUGCUACUGUGAGCCACAAGCAGACUGCCUAGUGCAGUUUCAUGUGAUGGGGGAGUUAGCUGAUCGUUAGAAUCAUAAGCCACUGGGUUAAUUUAUGUAAAAUGUUAUAAAGACAAAGAGGAUUUUGAUACAGAAAUACUUAAACAUGCAUUUUGUUUAAAGCAGAUCAUAGCUUGUUGAACCUUAGAUGGAUUGUAAGGGAAUGUUUUUUUUUUUUUUUUGUGUUAAUCCAGGAAAUAUCACAACUUGAAUUCAGUGCAGAAAAUCUUGUAUUCUGUGGUUUGCUGAGGACAGAAGGAAGCAUUUAGCAAAACAAGGUGCCUCAGAGCAGCCUCAUGAGCCCCCCUCCCAACAUACCAAGGUAACUUUUAGAUAGUAACCCCUGCAGUAUGAAACUCAAUCUGCUAGUGCAACAGAAAGUCUGCACUUUGCAAAAUCAGAUAUUGAUUGUAUGGAAAAGCCAAAGUUGGGGGGGGUCUGUUCUGACAAGGUGUUGGAUGUCCUAUUAAUGCAGCAUUUAUGGCUUGAAUGUAUUUCAUUGCAAAACUUGUGCACUCACGUUUUUUGAAUCGUCCAUGUUUUCUCUCUGACGUCAGAUGCAGUGCCAUGAAAUGAAACUGUAGGUUUUCAGUCCUGUUCACUUAUCUUUUAUGUGCCAAAUCGGGCGUCACUGAGGCCCC